AUGAAUCAUUCCGGGGAGAUUCGAGGGCAAGAUGCCACUCCUCGGCUUACAAACUCGUUCGCAGAUCUUCCCGAAGAAAUAAUAGAACUCUUGCGCCACCAACAAACUCCUCAGUUCCUCGAUUCCUUGUCCCUCACUGCGCUCGAACCAAAACUCACUUUACGACUUUAUGCAAUUUUCGAAUGCAUUUUUACGGAUACUUGCGCGAGAUGGACCAGUCUAGGAGAAGGAAGAACGCAGAGCAAUUCAGUCAUCGAAGCAUUGGCCAGAAUUGUACCGCUUGCGCCUCAUCUAUCAGUCUAUCUUGAAAAGUACCUCGCGACAACUUCCCAAACCAUCGCACACACUUCCCACCAGCCGUUCAUACAGGAUCUAUAUAUUACAAAUCCACACUCAAAUCCACUCGCCGUUUUAGAGCUGCAGCGAAUCCUCCUGGCGGCUUUCAGGCUGUUGCGAUUCGAUAAAUAUACCUUCUCUUCCGUUAUAUCUGGAGUUCACAUCCAGUCCUUACUUCACCAUGAAGACAAAGCCGUCCGGUACCUUACGGUUCGGAUAUUUUGUCAGCUUCUUCUAGCAUCGGACUCGAAAUUGGAGGCCAUGAUACAGGAGUAUGUUGGAUCUGACGCCGUCUUUGGAGACUUUGAUGGAGAACAAGUAGAUUAUGGCUUCUUGAGUCUACUAGAGGAACGCAGAUUGCAAAAUGGACACAGAUGGUUGAUUGAAUAUCGAAAAACGUAUAGCUUAUCGACUGCUGCCUUUUCAACGGAUAACCUUUCGCCAUUUACUGUUCGAUACGGAAACGUCUUACUUCCAAGACCUAACGGCAAGCCUUUACUGGCUUCUGGCAUGGUGCGGACUGAUACCACAUCAAAGAACAUGGAAGCGUUUGCGAGCUCACUUCUUUCACCAUCACCUAUUCUACUUCACGGUCUCGCUGGAUCGGGGAAGACUUCUUUGGUUGACGACUUUGCGCGCGAGCUCGGGACUAGGUCGAACAUGGUCACGAUGCACUUGAAUGAACAGACAGACGCAAAGAUGCUGAUUGGAAUUUAUGCGACAGGAUCGACGCCGGGCUCUUUUAAGUGGCGACCUGGAGUUCUCACGACCGCGGUAAAAGAGGGUCGUUGGGUUUUCAUCGAAGAUCUCGACCGAGCGCCAAAUGAAGUCCUUAGUGUAAUUCUGCCUCUAAUUGAGCGUCGAGAGCUGCUGAUCCCGAGUCGCGGAGAAACAAUCAAAGCCGGUCGAGGGUUUAGGUUACUCGCUAGCAUCCGAACAUCCCUAAACGUUAAUGGGAAGGAAAAUGCUCCAGCCUUUCAUAUGCUAGGAUCACGCUUGUGGCAACGCGUGCCUGUUCAGAUGCCUUCUCAAGACGAGUUUCGGGGGAUUAUAGACGGUACUUAUCCGAUUCUUCACAAGUUCCUACCCGGAAUUAUCAGCGUAUAUGAACGACUGUAUGUCUUAUCCAACAAUUCCGCAUUCGCCUCCCGCUCUCGUACUUCACUGGGUCGUCCGAUCAGUCCAAGAGAUCUUUUGAAAUGGUGUCGGAGACUUCACGGCAUUCUCGUGGCAGCGGGUUCAAAAACCGGCGAGGAGCCGAUCACUGAAUCUGUAAAGUACGAGAUGUUUUUGGAAGCAACGGAUUGUUUUUCCGGUAGCUUGCAGACAGUUGAGACCAGACGAACGAUCGUAGCUGCAACUGCAGAAGAAAUGCAUAUCGAUCCGCAGCGAGUUGAGCAUUUUCUGACUGCCCAUAUCCCACGAUACGAGGACUCCGAGACUCACUUGACUGUUGGCCGAGUUCGUCUUACAAAACGCCCUGCGAAUCGUAUCUCAAAAGCAAGCAAGAAAUCAAGACCAUUCGCCAAUACAACACAUGCUAAAAAGCUAUUGGAGCAAGUGGGCGUUGCCGUCAAAAUGGCAGAGCCAGUCCUACUUGUCGGCGAGACUGGUAUUGGUAAAACAACAGUGGUGCAGCAGUUGGCAGAUUCUCUCGGGGUCAAUCUCACUGCAGUGAACUUGUCACAACAAAGUGAGGUCGGUGAUUUGCUUGGUGGUUUCAAACCCGUGAAUGUUAGGAGUCUCGCGAUUCCGUUGAAAGACGAAUUCGAUGACCUUUUCGCAGCCACCGGCAUCUCUACCACGAAGAACCAGAAGUACAUUGAACAACUCGGAAAAUGUGUAGCCCGAAGUCAAUGGAGCAAAGCUCUGAAGCUUUGGCGAGAGGCGCCGAAGAUGUUCGACAAGAUCAUUUCAGAACUAAAGCGAAGAGAGGUGAACUCGAGGUCAACAGAGGAGCAGCCGACAAAGCGGAGAAAGACCGAAUCGCGGUUACAAUCCUUAGUUAAACUCAGACCUCGGUGGGAAAGAUUUUCUAAGAGUCUAGACCAGUUUGACAUUCAGUUGUCUAGUGGCUCGAAGGGCUUUGCUUUCAACUUUGUUGAGGGAAAUAUCGUCAAAGCUGCGCGGAAUGGUGAUUGGGUGCUGCUCGAUGAAAUCAAUCUUGCAUCUCCUGACACGCUGGAAAGUAUCGCAGACCUGCUUCACAGCGGCAGCGGUACAGCUCCAUCGAUAUUGCUGUCCGAAACUGGGGAGAUUGAAAGAGUGCGAGCUCAUCCCGACUUUCGGAUCUUCGGUGCCAUGAAUCCAGCUACCGAUGUAGGAAAGCGUGAUUUGCCAAUGGGACUGCGCUCGCGGUUCACAGAGCUCUACGUGGAAAGUCCUGACCGAAAUCUCGAUGAUCUACUGAGUGUCAUCAAAGCAUAUCUCAAAGGGACCAGCACCAACGAUGAGAAAGCUGCGCACGAUGUUGCUCGCCUCUAUUUGAACACGAAGCGCUUGACUGAUGAGAAGCGAUUAGUAGAUGGGGCGAAUCAAGUUCCGCACUUUAGUCUACGGACACUCACUCGAGUGCUGGGCUAUGUUUCUGAGAUUGCGCCAUCAUAUGGUCUUCGUCGGUCUUUAUACGAGGGCUUUGCUAUGGGUUUCCUGACACUGCUGAACAGCGAAUCUGAAAAGAUGCUUAUGCCAUUAAUCAAUCACCAUCUUCUUGAUACACAUGGCAAUGCACAGUCAUUACUUUCCCAGACCCCUCGUCAUCCAGAUGAUGGGAAGCAGUACGUCCGGUUCAUGAAUGGGAAGAAGAAUCGCCAGUAUUGGAUGCUCCAAGGUGCUGAACCCUCACAAGAGCAGCCCCAUUAUAUAAUCACUCCAUUCGUGGAACGAAACAUGCUCAAUCUAGUGCGUGCUACAUCGACACGAAAGUUCCCAGUUCUUGUGCAGGGUCCAACAUCCUCCGGCAAAACUAGCAUGAUAGAAUACCUCGCCAAGUUUAGUGGUAACAAGUUUGUGAGAAUCAACAAUCACGAACACACCGAUCUACAGGAGUACCUGGGCACGUAUGUCUCCGGAGCAGACGGACAGCUUCGAUUCCAAGAAGGGUUGCUUGUGCAAGCUCUACGCCAAGGCCAUUGGAUUGUACUUGACGAGUUGAACUUGGCACCAACUGAUGUUCUGGAAGCGCUCAACCGACUUCUUGAUGACAAUCGAGAACUGCUGAUACCUGAGACUCAAGAAAUCGUUCGACCCCACGAGAAUUUCAUGCUGUUUGCAACACAGAAUCCUCCCGGACUUUACGGUGGCCGUAAAACCCUCUCUCGCGCCUUUCGAAAUCGUUUCCUUGAAUUGCAUUUUGACGAUAUACCUGAAGACGAACUGGACUUCAUCUUGGAGAAGCGAAGUCAGAAGGUUGCCCCAUCAGAUUGCCGAAGGAUUGUUGCGGUGUAUAAGGAAUUGUCUAGAUUGCGUCAAUCGAAUCGGCUGUUCGAACAGAAGGACAGUUUUGCGACGUUGCGAGAUCUUUUCAGAUGGGCACUUCGAGAUGCCGAUAAUCGGGAGCAGCUUGCCGCGAAUGGGUAUAUGCUACUUGCUGAGCGUGUUCGCAAUCCUGAGGAACGAAUCGCUGUCAAAGAGAUCAUUGAGCGUGUCAUGAAAGUUAAUCUUGAUCCGAAUGUUCUAUACGAUCCGAAACUGUCACCUGAAAUCAAAUUGUACGAGGCAACUUCCAAUGCUCAAGGAAUUGUAUGGACCCAAGCUAUGCGCAGACUUUAUGUGCUCGUUGCUCACGCUCUCCGCAACAAUGAACCAGUCUUGCUUGUUGGUGAAACUGGUUGCGGCAAGACUACCGUUUGCCAGAUGCUUGCCGAUGCGUUUGGUAAAGACUUGAACAUUGUCAAUGCGCACCAGAACACAGAAACCGGCGAUCUUAUAGGUGCCCAGCGACCUUUACGAAACCGAGCUGCAAAUCUUGAGCAGCUGAAGCAAGAUCUUCUGACAGCGUUGGGACCAGUUCAUGGACCUAUCGAUCGGGACUCCGAUGUCGACAAACUUUUGUCCGUCUACAGGUCACUUCCUGAACCUUCACUAAGCCAAAUCCCAAGUCAUCUGAAGGAUUCCAUUUCCAUACACCUGCUGAAAACGACAGCCUUAUUCGAAUGGUCCGACGGUGCUUUGGUACAUGCGCUGAAAGCAGGACAGUUCUUUCUUCUAGAUGAAAUUUCGCUUGCGGACGAUUCCGUUCUUGAACGUCUAAAUUCUGUGCUGGAACCAGCAAGAACCAUUCUCCUAGCAGAGAAGGGAACCGAAGACUCUUUCAUUAGCGCGGCAGAUGGAUUUCAAUUUCUUGCAACAAUGAACCCUGGUGGCGAUUACGGGAAAAGAGAAUUAUCGCCAGCACUUCGAAACAGAUUUACAGAGAUAUGGGUUCCUUCGCUUUCUGAGCAUGAUGAUGUUCUCCAAAUCGUUCAGACCAAGCUCCAACCUCAAUUUGUGAAAUUUGCCUUGCCAAUAGUUCAUUUCUCCGAAUGGUUCGGACAAACAUACAGGUCGUCAUCUUCAGCUUCAAUAUCUGUAAGAGAUAUUCUAGCCUGGAUACAGUUCGUAAACACUACACCGGUUCCUGAUCCAUACUUCUUGAUCGUACACGGGGCGGCGAUGGUUUACGUUGAUACUCUUGGCGCAAAUCCUGCUGCUCUUCUCGCUAUCGAUGCCCAGAGCAUUUACACCGAGAGAGCCAAAUGUAUCCAGAAACUUGGAGAGCUAUUGCAAUUCAAUAUUGCGCCAAUUUACAACCAGCCUGUUAACCUCGAGACUGAAGCCAUAUCGCUUUCUAUAGGUGGUUUCUCCAUCGGUCGAACCGAUGAAUCUAGUGUGGAGCCUGGAUUUGCCCUUCAUGCACCAACCACAAAGCUCAAUGGCAUGCGAGUACUUCGGGCACUUCAAGUUCAGAAGCCAAUCCUUAUCGAAGGUAGCCCAGGUGUUGGAAAAACUACAUUAAUUGCCGCACUAGCUCGCGCCUGUAACAGGCCUUUGACACGAAUCAAUCUAUCGGAGCAAACCGACUUGAUGGACUUGUUUGGCUCUGAUGUUCCAGUUGAAGGUGCAGAAGCCGGCCACUUUGCUUGGCGCGAUGCUCCCUUUUUGCAGGCCAUGCAGAAGGGCGAGUGGGUAUUGCUCGAUGAGAUGAAUCUCGCAUCUCAGUCUGUUCUUGAGGGACUGAAUGCGUGUCUUGAUCAUCGUGGUGAAGUGUAUAUCUCAGAGUUGGAUCAAACCUUCAAACGCCAUCCCGAAUUCUCUGUAUUUGCUGCCCAAAACCCUCAUCACCAAGGAGGUGGUAGGAAAGGGCUUCCUGCCUCUUUUGUUAAUCGAUUUACUGUUGUAUAUGCUGAUAUCUUUAGAAACGAUGACCUAGAACUAAUAUGUACACAUAAUUUUCCCACUAUGGACGAGGAUCUUAUUCGCAAGAUCAUUCGGUUCGUGUCGACACUAGAGCACGAAGUCGUGCAUUCGCGACAUUUUGGAUUACAAGGAGGCCCGUGGGAAUUCAACUUGCGUGACGUCCUUCGCUGGUUACAACUUCUCUCAACAUCUACGCUCUCAACAUCAUCUGUGCCUGCCGCUGAAUUCCUAGAUUUGGUUAUUCGUCAAAGAUUCCGGUCGGGUCGGGAUCGAGAACAACUGGCAAGAGUAUUCUCAGAUGUUUUUGGUUCUGCAGUUCCCUUUCAUCACCUGUUCCACAACCUGAGUUCAAACACAUAUCAAGUUGGUAGGGCAUUUGCCACACGAAACUCCCUUACCCAGCCUGUACCCUUUCCAGCAAUUGACUUCACGAAACGACUGGCUGAAAUAGAAUCCGUCAUGAUAUGUAUUGAGCAAAACUUGCCAUGCAUUCUAGUUGGUUCUUCUGGUUCUGGCAAGACAACUCUCUUGGAACAUAUUGCAGCGGCGAAAGGAAAAUCCCUUGUGACCUUUCCGCUCAACUCUGAUAUCGACACAAUGGAUCUAGUUGGAGGAUUUGAACAAGUCGAUCCUCAACGUGGUGCCAGUCAUUUUCUUGCUCAACUCUCCGAGUUCCUCACAACCCGGGUUCUUUCGUCUCUUCCUGCUGAAGUUCCAAGUUCGGCAAUCAAGCUUCUUCAGACUCUCGAAACGACUACAGACACUAGCGCCGCUUUCUUCACUGAAGUAGGCAACGUUCUCGAGUCUUUGAAAAAUCAGACAUCCUUAGCUGAGUUUGAGACUCUUGCGCAGACCUGUAGGCAACUAGCUGCUAGCCCGAUGACUCUGGAAAGCGCUCGCUUUGAAUGGAUUGAUGGUCUCCUAGUCAAGGCCAUCGAGCAAGGAGAGUGGCUCGUCCUUGAUAAUGCUAAUUUGUGUAGUGCUUCGGUCCUUGACCGGUUGAAUUCGCUGCUUGAGCCAAACGGCGUUCUCAGCAUAAACGAACAUUGUGGGCCUGACGGUGAACCAAAGCUUGUUCGACCACAUCCAGAAUUCCGUUUAUUCUUGACAAUGGAUGCUCGAUUUGGUGAGCUCUCUCGCGCCAUGAGGAAUCGUGCGUUUGAGAUAUUUCUUGAGCCACUUCCAGCGAGUGUGGAGUCAGCGAUGCCUAGAUUUGGGCAGGCCGAGGCGUCGAUGCUCAGGUAUCAAAGAGUCAUAGACAUCGCUCAGGCUGAUGUCGUAAGAUGCGGUCCAUCGACGUCUUUGGCUCGCGUGGCAGUGGAUAAUUUGUCAUUAUCUGACUUAUCAAUGCUUCCACGCUUUAUCGAGCUAUGCAAAGGGUCUAGUUUGGCUAUAGAUGCGUCAGUUCAUCAGGUCGGCCAAGCGUACAUGCAAAUGUUUCAAUCGCCCGCAAAUAAAGAAUUCAGAGGUGCAUUGGGCCAAAUGUGGGAGGCAGUUUCGCAGAUUUUACUGGCAUCGGAUUUCACGGACGCACAGAUCCUCCAUCCACUGCAGAACUCCCCCUUGGUUCCUAUGUUACAGCAGUCUGGGAGUGCAUCUGCACCAUACUGGCUUGGCGCAUGCUUAGAGUUUUUCAUCGAGAUCGAUCAAGCUGUGUCCAUGCAACGGACUCAAAUUGAAGGCACUAGUACUCUUAAACCGAGCAAGAUGAACAGACUACAGAGGUCGCUCGUGAGGGAGCGAGUUCCAACUGUUUCCAAAGAUUCUACGAUCAACAUUUCGGGUUUCUUGGAAUUUGUUCUAGCAGCCUUGAAAGCUUAUAUCCAAUCCCACUGCCAUGAUGCCGAGCAUUGGAGAGGACAAAAACAAGUGGUGGGCUACUUAUUGCAUUAUUGGUGGCACACAUACACUCUAGCGACCUCAACAACCUUUGACGACGCUACAUUUCAAGCUCACUUGGCCAUUGGCCGCGAUCUUCUUGCCUCUCUUCAAAGCAAAUCUCCACAUUCAACCUCCCUUGUCGGUAAUGUAAUGGAGAAGCUGGAUUCUGACUUCCAUUCCGGGUUUCGAUUAACAACGGGUCUAAGCAUGGAACUCCUAUGGAAACGACUGAGGCCUCUUGUGAUAUCGGACUCGCAGGUGAUGGAAACAACAUCAAGGAUGGAAACACUCGCGCAUCGUUUCGAUGCGCUGAAAUGGAAAACUGCUAUCUCCAUCUCGGAGGUAGGACACAUUAUGCAAUCUCUUUGCAAGGCCUUCAAACUCCUGUUCGCCCCAGCAGUGGACGGUGCUUCACUUCUGGAAUCAAUCAAUUUCGAACUCGAGAAAUUGGAAAAUAAUGCUGGCGAGACACAAGACGUUGUUUUGCCAUACUUUGCGCCAAACUUCGAAGUUUUACGACAGCUCAUAGAGUUACAGAGAUUGAAAUCCGCUCCAUCUGCGACAUCUGCAGUUGACAAUGAGAUCAUUGUGCUCUCUAACUACCCCACGGUUUUUGAGAUGCGAGAUGCUAUUUCUGCUGAUUCUUCUCAUUUACUACCUGGCAUCAGUAAUAUCUUAGGCCAGAGCGAUCAGUUUCAGCCAGUCUCGAACAGCAUGUCUUACUCGUUACUGCGAAAGCUGAACGAUAUCAGAGAUGUCGACAUGAAAUCCCUUCGAUUGCUCGAGGCAGAGUUACCAAUCAUCGGCAAACAACUCUCGAAGUCCACUGCAUCACUUUGCCGUGACCAACUCCCAGACGUCAAUGAAAUGCUGGGACGAUUGGUCAUCGAAAUAGUCGCUGCCCACAGUGACAAUGCUGCACGCGAACUUAAUAGCUGGGUCGCAUCAUUGGCCCAGCUCGAUAUGACCGCCUCAACUCCUUCAAAUCUUCGAGUUAUGCUCGAGGCUCAACGGCCUAUAGUGGAGCUUGGUCUUGCAUCACACGUAGAAAAGCAAGGUCUCCCACAAUUGACUUCAGCUUUGUAUGCCAUUGAAGCGUCAAAACGUCAAAGCGAGCACGCUCUCGGCUUCUCAGCUAUUGCAUGGGUGCAAUUCGCCAUUGCUUCUCUCCUUCUUUACGUUCCCGAUCGUACAUUUGAUCCAGAUAAGCGGCAGCGCCUAGAGCGGGAACGUCACCAAAGCUUGAGUGACUCAUUACAAGAUAGCGUAUCUGCGCUACGACGGUUUGAGGAUAUUUUCACACACCAAAAUUCCAAUGCGAGAAUCCAGUUGCUUGAAAGCGAGAUCGCUGAUCUCGGUGAAGCGCCAGCAGAAUUGCAACCAGUAUACCGUCCAGCUAUUUCAGAGUUGGACCAGCUUCAGGGAGAGUUCAACAACAUCAUCCGAACAUUUGCCCAUGCCAGCAUAGAUACGGUUCUCGUGGAAUACUUCGAGAGUCGGGAUUCAGACACACUACAGCAAAUCAAGUUGAUCCAGAACAAUGCCAAACAAAUCAUUCGGAGAUUGGAUGAGAGAUUUCCUGCAUACAAUGAUCUUACCUCACCAGUCGUCAAUAUGCUUCAUUGUCUGGUACUUGGACUUUCGUUUGCUAUUCUCACAGAGAACAAUUCUUCGGCAUCCAACCAAGAGCUUCAGUCGCUGAGCCAGGUAACACCAUUCCUUGGAGGCACCCCCAACAAUGUGGACGAAUCAUUUGUGACAUCUCACCCCGUGCAAUAUUUGAACAUUGCGGCAGCAACUGCUUCAAUAACUACGGUUUCAUCCCUUGAUUCGCUCGAGAGGGAACAUUUGUUUCGAGCGAUCCACGUAUGCUACGAACAGUGGAGCAAGCGGCUGGAGCACGAUCGUCGUGAAGAGGAGUCUGCCGGUGGUCUGUAUCGCUUUCGAGGAAGCGCAGAGGACGAGGAUGAAGAAGAUGCGGAGCAAUUCAAUGAAUUGUUCCCCUCGUAUGAUGAAGAUUCCACCACCGAUACCAACCAGGCGAAGAGCACCUUAUCCGCCAGAGACGCGGCUAUCGAGGUUGCUAGGGUACAUGCGAGCAUAUUUUUGGGUGGAAGUGUACCCUUCGAAAGUCUUCUGGGGCUCAUCCGGCAAACGUCAACUAAGAUGGCAUUAAUUAAGAACGCAGACUCGACAGCCAACAGUACGGGUAUGACAAAAGCACUUCUACAAGGAGCAUUCUUGCUGUUGAGUGAUUACACACAAGCGCUGUCGACAUCUGCAACUGCACCUGACGCCUAUAACUUUUACACUGAUGCGCAUCUUCCCGAAACGCGCAAACUCGUUAAUCUGGUCCACCAGAUCCAGACUCGAUUCCGUGAACUUCAAAGUGUGGAUGAAAUCGGGCACAUGCAACCACUGGAAGAUGUACUUGUUUCUUGUCGACAACUGCUCCAAUUCAGCCAUACUGAACCUCUUGCCAAGAUCAUUACCAAGGUUGAGCAAAUUCAUACAUACAUGCAUGAAUGGCAGUUUGGUGGUUGGGCAAGUCGUGCCAAUUCUGCUCUAUCGCAUUAUGACAACCUUACCGCUACGAUUGUCAGCUGGCGUAGACUUGAAUUGUCAACUUGGGCCAAAUUGUUCGACAUGGAGACGAAGAAGUGCGAUGAUGAUGCUCGCUCUUGGUGGUUUGUCGCAUAUCAAGUUACUGUUGCGGCACCCCUACAGAUCUCUGGAAGUCCGCUGGAGCUCAAAGAGUACGCUCAAAAGCUUCUUCAGGACCUGGAGGUUUACUUUUCUUCUGCUAUCAUUGGUCAAUUUACUCAACGACUCGAGCUGCUCAAACAAUUACAACUCCAUCUCCAAGCCCUUGCAUUGGAUAUUCCACACUUGAGUAUAAUACAUUCAGCAUUAUCCAACUUCAUCAUCCUAUACUCGUCAUACGAGAAGCCAGUUCAGGAUCAUCUGAAGAAAGGCAGGCUAACGCUGGAGAAGUCAAUGAAAGACGUGCUUUUGAUGGCGAGCUGGAAAGACACGAAUAUUGUUGCUCUUCGCGACAGCGCCAAGAGAUCCCAUCACAAGCUCUUUAAGCUUGUUCGAAAGUUUAGGGCCCUGCUUAGCCAGCCAAUGGAGUUUGUGAUCAAACAAGGGAUUCCUGAUCAAGAGAUGAAGGAAAUCGACAGCAUCAGUUUGCAGUCUGCUGCGCAGCCACUCGUGAGCUUGUCCGCUCUUAAAUAUUGCGAGAUAUCUGUCCCUGGCUGGUCAAAGAAGAGUAAGCGAUUCACUCAGGUUUCCAAGACUGUUGGUAUGAUGGUCGAUGCAUCCCAGGUUCCUGACAACGCAAUCGACGGCUCCGACUAUCUCAACUCCUUCCUCUCAGAUUUGCUGUCCAACACUGUAGAGCUGCAGAAAGCUACUCCUUCUGUGCUCACCGAUGAAAACAAAGAUGAGGUCAAACAUCUCAAGACCCAGAAGCGGAAGCUAUUUGCAGAUACCCUGAAGGACCUUCGUCGUAUGGGCAUCAAGCACAAUCUCGGCGCAGAUGCACUAGCAAAACAAUCCUCACUGUCCGCCACGCUUGCUGCGGCUGGACAUAUCGCCAGUAAUGAAUUUCAAAUACCAGAUCUUGAAUACUAUUUCAACAAGGCAGUCGAUCUCGUUCCUCGAGCCAGAGAGGCUGCACGCCAGCCCUCGCCCGACUUGAGCGGUGCGGAGGUCACUCGUAGCUCUGGAUUUGUGGAAGGCAUGCUGGAAGUACUUCUAUCACAGCACAGUCUCCUUGCUUCGACUUCUCUAUGGCUCAAAAAGCUACGUACACAGUUGAGGCAGAUCGAAGGGCUCUGGGCUCCAGGCUCGUACGAAAUACAACGCUUACGUACCGCUUCCAAUAUCGAGAAACUUCUGAGAUGGCUACCAAAUAUUAUAAAGGUUGCUGUUCACGUCAUCGAUAUACACGCUAAGAUGGGGCAGCUGGACGCGAAACAGAUAUCAGAUGAUCUUCGCGCAUGGCAAGAUAGAUUUGAAGUCCUGACCCACGACUGGGAUGCUCUUGCGAUACUACCCGAUGGUGUAAUUUCGACUAAGCGACAAGAAACCGAAAGCGCUAUUAGGAAUGCUAGUGAGAAAUUCCGAAUCAAGCUUGAGGAUAUGGUAAUCGCGCGACCCGAUCUUGCAUUUGCACUUGAUCAAAUAGUGCUUUGGGUCCGGGUUGAGUUGUCUACAGUCACUUUACCUAAGCCUAGCAAGACAAUUCAAGACCUUGACCAAAAGCUUUCCAACUCCUGCGACGCAGUGCUUCUUGCCAUUGAAAAGCACAAGAAGGAUGUUUUAGAGCUUAGCGGAUCUACUGAGGACCAAGGUUGGUUCAUCAAACACGACAGUACGCUCAUCAAAUCAAUCAAAUCCCUACACAGCAAAUCCGUUGUGUCCCAGCUUGAGAAUUGUUUCGCUGCCCUUCGGCUGUUGGACCUCUCUAGUAAUGAGGUCAGCCAAGCUGCCAGUGCUGUUUUUGCCUCAGCUUUACCCAUCUUUCAACAGUACUUGAAUACACUCGAGCAAUCUGUUACUCGGCAUGCUUCGCUACAUCGUACUACAUGCAAAGCAGCAUAUAUCCUAACAAAAUCCUUUGUUCAAAUUACUACUCAGGGAUUCUGUACGCCAUCUGAGAAGUCCGACGCACAAGAUGGCCAGACAGAGAAAUUGGAAGGUGGUACAGGUCUUGGCGACGGUGAAGGAGCACAGGAUAUUAGCAAGGAUAUACAAGAUGACGAAAAUCUGGAUGAGCUAGCUCAAGAGCCUAAUACUGAAAAGGGAGAGAUGGAAGAUGAGCAGGAUGCUGUAGAUAUGGCAGAUGGCGAAAUGGAAGGGGAGAUGGGAGACGCGGAAGAGAAGGGGUCGGACGAUGAAGGCUCAGAUGAUGGAAGUCAAAGUGGCGACGACAUGGAUGAAGAGACGGGUGAUGUGGAUGAUCUCGACCCUACUGCUGUAGAUGAGAAAAUGUGGGAUGGCGAUGGUGAGCAAGCCGAGAAGGAUCAAGAAGGCGACGAGUCGAAAGGGAAAUCGAACGAAGAUGAGCAAGUGGCGGCUCAAGAAAAAGAACAGAAGAAGCAGGCAGGAGAAGCAGAGGAGGGGGAGAGUGGUGAUGAAAACGAAGAAGAAGACGGUGGAGCUGAGCAAGGUGAAGAGGUUAAGCAGGAUGAAGUUGAAAAACACGAUCCGCACGCACCGGAAGGUGAGACGCUCGACUUACCGGAAGACAUGGAGCUUGAUGGCGAAGACGAUAAGGAGAGCGUUGCAGAGAGUGACGGAGGACUAGAAGACAUGUCGGAUGUGGAGCAGGAUGGAAAGGAAGACGAAGUGGCCAACGAUGGACAGGAAGAGAAUGAUGCUGAAACGGCCGAUGCUGCGGAAGAAGACCAGGCUGCCGGCUCAGACAUGGAUGUGAUCGAUGUCGACGAAGAUCAGAAUGAAGAAGGAGAAGGCGACAAGACCGAGGAUGCUGGCCAGCAAGAGGACCCGGAUCAGCUACCUGAGCCUGACCAUGACGAAGGGCUUCUUCGCGAUCAAUCUGACGAAGCAAAGACGGAUGCAGACAAUGCUAUGCCCAGCGAAGCUCAUGGAGUCGGCGAAGAUCAAGAAGACAAUGCGAAUGAUAAAGAGUCAUCAACGAAGGCCCAGAGAGACAACGGAGGUGAAGGUGGAGACAGUUCUGAGCAAAAAGAUACUGCGGCAGAAGAUGGUGAACGAGGGCGCCAAGCGAAUGGGGGUGCGCCAAAGGAUUCUAUGGAGGAAACUCAAGAUACCAGUGACGCCCAGCCAUUCAAGAAGCUAGGUGAGGCGUUGGAGCAGUGGCAUCGACAACAAACGAAAAUCCGUGAUCCAGCUGAGCAGAAACCCGAAGACAACCAGAGCACAGAUGUUGAUCCCAAUAGCACUGAAUUUCAGCAUCUGCAAGACGAAGAUGCUCAGGCAGAUACACAAGCACUUGGAACUGCCAGCGAGGAGCAAGCUCGUGCACUUGACGAGUCGAUGGCGGUUGAUGAAGAGACUACAGACAUGCCAGAUCAAUUUCAGCCCGACGAAGUAGAGAUGAAGGACAUUGAUAACCAAGAUGCUAAGGAUGUAGAAGACCCUUCAUCACCAAAUCCGCAGGAAAAUUCUGACGCCUACGAAGGCCGAGCCGGUGCGAUGAUAAAACAGGCAGAAGAACGCGACACGGAUAUGAAUGCUCCAGAUCGUCAAAUGCGAAAAGAAUUAGAAGAGGACGUGGCAGAAGUCGAUAAUCAACUUGAAAGUACUCAUCUAGACGAAACGACUAUUGAGCUUCGUUCAGCCAUAGAUGCCAGAGAGCAAUGGACCCAUUACGAAGCAAUGACCCGCGAUCUUUCACUCUCGCUCACUGAACAAUUGCGACUCAUUCUGGCGCCAACACUCGCCACCAAGAUGCGCGGUGACUUCCGUACUGGAAAGCGUCUGAAUAUCAAGCGCAUCAUACCUUACAUUGCAUCUCAGUACAAGCGCGAUAAGAUAUGGAUGCGCCGCAGUGUACCUUCCAAGCGCAGCUACCAAAUCAUGUUAGCAGUGGACGACAGUAAGAGUAUGGGUGAGAGUGGCAGUGGAUCACUUGCCUUUGAGACUCUUGUCAUGGUAUCCAAAAGUUUAAGCAUGCUUGAAGUUGGCGAUAUCUGCGUGCUCGGAUUCGGUGACCAAGUCAAUAUAGCCCACGAUUUCGACACGCCAUUCAGCUCUGACGCUGGUCCUCGAAUCUUCCAACAUUUUGGCUUCGAGCAAUCUCGUACAGACGUUACACGUCUCGUUCGCGAGUCAAUCGAAAUCUUCCGCACCGCCCGUGCGAAAGCCUCAUCAUCUCCCGCCGACCUAUGGCAACUUCAACUCAUAAUAUCCGACGGUGUAUGUGAUUCUUCCGAGCACGAACCUAUCCGGCGCCUCCUGCGCGAAGCACUAGAAGAGCGCAUCAUGAUGGUCUUCGUAAUCGUCGACGACGUUCGCAACAAAAAGAAAGGAGAGAGCGUGAUGGAUUUGAAGGAAGCGAGGUUUGUGAAGGAUGAGAAUACGGGACAGAGUAACGUGAAGAUUGAGCGGUAUCUCGAUACUUUCCCUUUCCAGUAUUAUUUAAUUGUUAGCGAUGUCAAGGAGUUGCCUGGUGUUUUGGCGACGUUGUUGAGACAGUGGUUUACUGAGGUUGUGGAUUCGAGUGGUUGA